UCUACUUUUUCCGCCAUUUUUAUUUUAAAGUACAUCAUAUUAAAAUGUGGUUCAUACUGAAAUUUGUAUAAGAGUCAUGAACAUAAACGGCAUUACUGCAUCCAAGAUAUUUGACUGGAUAAAUUAGUAAGACUUGAAAUGAGCAACGAAAAUAUCUUGGCUGAGCUUAAACCAUGUGGUUAUAUAUUGGCUACAAGCCAAUACAAGUUUUUCGGAUUAAAAUGUCUUUAUUGCGAUAAAAAAUAUGGUUACUGGACCAUGUUUUUGCAACAUUUAAAGGACUUCCACAUAGACAAUCAGUCUGAGACCCAAUGGCUGUUUGAUUGUGCUGAAGAAACACUGGAUCCAGAUUCGGAAAAUGUUGAAUGUUCAACUCAAUGUGAUAGAUUAACAGAUAUAUUUGCAAAGGAAGAUGUCAUGCCAUCUACCAAUAUUUUCGAUAUAGAGGACGUAUUAAUUGAAAAAGAUGUCAAUGACAGAACGAAUACCAAAGUUGCUGUAGAAAAAUCUGUAUUUUCAAUAAGCGAAGUAAUGAAUGAGAAUUUGGACGACUCAUUGCACGACUUUACAGAUUUCACGGAAGCAUUACCACAUGCAUGCCAAAAUUUUACAAAACUUCAUAUUGAUUUAAAAGAGGAAAAUUACAUAACUCAGAAGUUUAUUGAAAUAUAUAAAAAAUUUUCACAUCUUUGGCGCUUAGAACAAGUUAUUUCGAAUGAAGAUAACGCACAAAGUCAAGAUAUGCACGAUAUGCGGAAAUGCCUUUCCGAAGAAAAUAUUCGAAUUUCGACGGAAAUUUUAGAAGAAGCCCUAAAUCAAGUACACCUUCAAUACCGUACUAUAGCCAGUAGGUUAGAAGAAGGUAUAGAAAUUUCUGAUAUUGAAGAGAAAUAUUACGACAUGUGUUCAUUUUUGAAAACGAGUAAUGAGUUAUCUGAGGCUAAUUAUGAUAGUGAAAGUGGCGAAACAAUUAGUGAUAGCAAUGAUAAUAAGUUUACAUUGGAAAAUUAUAGUAUCGAAGAUUCCCAAAAUGGUUUUGACAUAAUGGAUGGUGAAGCUUUUCAAAAUAGUUUGAUCGAUAGACAAUCACUUGUAAAAUUUUCAACACGUAAUAAGAUUACAUCUGAUUUCAUACAAUGUUUGCAUGAUCAGCCUUGCUUAUGGGAUCCGCAAGCUUCUGCAUGUAAUGACUCAAACUUGCACUCAAAAGCUAUAAAAAAAUUGCAGGACUUUUUUCAAAACAACUAUAAUCUGCGACUUACCGAAAGAAAAAUUAAUUCUGAAAUAAAUCGUGUAUACAAGUUUUACAAAAGAUGUCUAUGUGCACGACAAAGCCUUAAUCCCAAUCGCAAAUAUUAUUUUGAACGCUGCGAAUUUCUGGCUCUUGCAGAAUUGGAGGAUGUGUCUGUUAAACGUAGGCACCUACAAGGGAAAAUCUCAUUCUCCGUAAUGGAUGAAUUUACACUUGGCUUUAUCGACUUCUGCGCCAUGCAUCCUGUCUUGUGGGAUAGAACACAUUCUCAGUAUUCUAUUUUGAAUGCACGUAAAGUGGCUUAUGAGGAAAUUACAAAAAAUUUACUACAGAUCUACAAUGUAGAAUUCAGUAAUGAUGAAAUUUAUCAUUCCAUAUCACGACUGAAACGUCAUUAUAAGAUCUUGCAAUGUAAAAAACAACUAAAUGAAUCGAUGGCACCAUACGAGUUAGAAUUAUUUGAGCGCUGUAGCUUUCUGGAAAACUCGAAUAACUUACAAUGUGAUAUAUGUGGAAAAAUAUUUCGUAGCUAUUCAACACUACAAACACAUUUGUUAAAAUCGCAUAGUAUUGGCGAGCUACCAAUUAAAUGUGACUAUUGUGAACAACGUUUUGCUCACCCAAGUUUGAAAAAAGAGCAUGAGGUACGCGCACAUACAAAAGAAUUCGAAUGGUUCUGUCCAUAUUGUAGUAAGGGCUUUGCAAAUCGCCGUGAUAUGGAAAUGCAUCAAAUGGUACACACUGGUGAGCAUAAAAGUGUUUGUGAACAUUGUGGCAAGGGUUUUCGACUGAAAAAUCAAAUGACGGAGCAUGUAAAGGUUAUCCAUGAACGUUUGCGACGUUUCAAGUGUACCAUGUGUCCUAAAGAUUUCGUACGCAAACGUCAGCUCGACGAUCAUAUACGUGCUCAUUUAAAUAUACGUGAUAAAAUCUGCGAUAUAUGUGGAAAAGGAUUUACAAAUACACAUGGACUAUUUCGGCACAAACAAUUACAUUCGGAUAUUAAGAAAUAUGAAUGCAAAGUAUGCGGCGACCGAUUUUAUCGACUAUGCGAUUUGUAUUCUCAUAGAAAACGAAAACACGAGGCCGUACCGAAACAGAAAAAUAAUGCAUCGCAAGAGGAGGAGGACGAUGCAAAUGCUUUCUUGUGAAUAAAGCAAUUUGGUCAAUUCCAUGCUUACACUUGUGUCACUCACGACAUACAUUCUACAUUGAAGGCUUCAUAAUUCAACCGUUUACUUACUACAAAGCAUCUAUAAUAAUUUGUACUUCUGCGUAAGUUAAAUUAUGAUUACAUCUAUUUAAGUGUAAUACUUAUACAUAGGAUAUUGGAUUAGUAUUAAAAUAAGUUAACUUUUGUACCGCCAACGA